ACAAUGUUCGCCAAAUUCGCCGCCUAUAUCAAGGGCCCGGAGACUGUGCCCGGCGCGGCCAAACUCCUGCGCAAGCUCGACUGCUUCAUUCUGUCGUUCUGCUGUUUAUGCUACUUUGCCAAUUACCUCGACCGCACGAAUAUCAACAAUGCCUACGUGUCGGGAAUGCGCGAGGAGCUGCACUUCCAGGGGAACGAGCUCAACCAGAUCAACACCGUCUUCACGGUGGGAUACAUUGUCGGCCAAGUUCCGUCGAACCUGGCCUUGACCUUCUUCCGUCCGCGCCUGUUCUUCCCUGCGAUGAUGGUUAUCUGGGGUGGUUUGACCAUGAUCACGGCGGCCGUGUCAAAUCCCCAGGGAAUCAUGGCAAUCCGCUUCUUCCUCGGGCUGGCAGAGUCGAGUACCUUUGCCGGAACACACUAUAUCCUAGGCUCCUGGUACACAGAACGAGAGCUGGGAAAGCGCAGUGGCAUCUUCACAGCCAGUGGCCUCGCCGGAACAAUGUUCGGCGGCUUCAUCCAGACAGGGAUCCAUUCAUCCAUGGACGGAAUACAAGGCCUUUCCGGCUGGCGGUGGCUAUUCAUCAUUGACGGCCUAAUCACCAUCCCAAUCGCAAUAUACGGCUUCAUCGUCUUCCCCGACACCCCAACAACCACUAAAGCACGCUACCUGACAGCCGCAGAGAAAGCCCUCGCCGUCGCACGCAUCCCCGAGUCCGGGGCCGUCAAAGUGCCCCUAAACUGGGCCUUCCUCAAGAGCAUCUUCACAACAUGGUACUGGUACGCCUUCGUGAUGCUGUGGAUCAUCGCGGGCGAAACCGAAUCGUUCUCCACAAACGCCCUGCUGGCACUAUACAUGCAGUCCCAUCCAAGCAACUCAUACAGCGUCCCCCAGCUAAACAACUACCCAACUGGCGUUCCAGCAGUUGGGAUCAUAUCAACCCUAUUCUGGGCAACGCUCACAGAUUUCAUGGGCGGAAAGCGAUAUCUUGUCGGGUACUUCAUCGCCAUAACCGGCAUCGUCACAUCAACACUAAUCCUAACCUGCUUCUCCUCAACAAUCACCGUCUUCGCCGCAUACUACUGGGCGGGAGCCGUAUACGCAUGCCAAGCGACAUUCUUCGCAUGGUGCAACGACGCAAUGCGCUACAAGGACGAGCGGCUGCGGUCUGUAGUCAUUGCGAGCAUGAACAUGGGCAGUAAUGCGGUCAAUGCGUGGUGGAUUAUCCUCUUCUACUCGGCGGACUUUGCGCCGCGGUUCACGAGGGGCAUGUGGGCGAUGAUUGCGUGCUCGAUUGCGCUGGCGCUGUGGACGGCGGGGAUUACGGCUUUGACUGUGCGGGAGGAGAGGAGGGGGGAGAAUGAUCGAGAUGUGCGUGUUGUUGACUUGCAGGAGAAGGUGGAGGCUUGAUUGAUAGAGCAUGUGUAGCAUUAAUGCGAUGGUAACCUUGCAUUGGACAUUCAUAAUUAAAGUCAUAGUUCCGAGAGUAGUGUCAACAUGAUCAGCUCGGACUGAUCAGCUCGGACUCGUCCAUGACAA